UCCAUUUUCGUUUUCUCAGCCCCUCUAGGAAGUUUGAGACUAGAGAAAGAGGGAGGGAGAGAGAGAGAGGUUGAUGAAGAUCAUCGUCUGAUCGUAGUUUAUUUCCCGAUUUUCCAGGUGUUUCGGGCAAACUUUACGGGCUUCUCGAUUAAUUUUACGGCUCUGAGAUCUGUUUUCUCACCGGAGUUUGAUUCGUCGCUAGUUGCAAGGAGAAGAGGUUGUCUGAGAAAGGCUCUCCUUUCUGCGGAAAUGGAGGACGUUGACGAUUCUUCUCCUCGGGAUUUAGAUGCGCAGAACCCUUAUGAUCGGCUGCUUGCUGUAGAUACAAGUUCGGUAGAUCCAAAUUGUAAUUUGGAUUCGGUUUCUGCCAUUUAUUUAGCGAUGAAGAGCUCUAAGCUGGAGUGUGUUGAUGAGCGUGGUCAAGAUUCCAUUAUAGCCUCGGUAUGCAUGGACGACGACGAGGAUGAAGAACUGGAUGAGUUUGAUCCGUAUCUGUUUAUAAAGAACUUGCCGGAUUUGUCUUCUGUUGUGCCGACUUUCAGGCCUGUGUUGCUUCCCAAACAAACCCGUAGCUGCCCUCCUAUUUCUCUUGUCCUAGACCUCGAUGAAACUCUGGUACAUUCAACUCUGGAGCAAUGUGAUGAUGCGGACUUCACAUUCCCAGUUAGUUUUAAUGAAGAAGAACACAUUGUCUAUGUCCGUUGCCGCCCCCACCUUAAAGAGUUUAUGGAGAGAGUUUCCCGUCUUUUUGAGAUCAUUAUAUUUACGGCUAGCCAAAGUAUUUAUGCAGAACAACUUCUCAACGUACUUGACCCUAAGAGGAAGUUAUUUCGACAUCGGGUCUACCGUGACUCUUGUGUUUUCUUCGACGGCAACUAUCUGAAGGACUUGUCAGUUCUUGGGCGUGAUUUAUCUCGGGUUAUCAUCGUUGACAAUUCCCCACAGGCAUUUGGAUUCCAAGUGGACAAUGGAGUGCCUAUAGAGAGCUGGUUCAACGAUCCUUCAGACAAAGAACUACUAAUGCUACUGCCGUUUUUGGAGAGCUUGAUAGGAAUUGAAGACGUAAGACCGAUGAUUGCCAAGAAAUUCAAUCUCCGGGAAAAGAUAGCUGCGGCUGCUGCAGCGCCCAUUUAUCCUCCGCUGAUCGAUGAAGACACGGGAGAUCCCUUUGAAAGGUGAAGCCUUUUUUUGUUUGUUUGUUUUGUUUGAAGCUUAAAGCUUUAGGCAGGAUCUGUAUAACAUGUGUUGUCUGGAAGAACACGACCUGUUUCGGGGGAGUGUUAGGAGUUGUGUUUGGAAUCAUCUAGAAGGAAAAAAAAAAGGCCCAUCCUCUUUUAGGGUUCCAAAUGAUGAAUCGAAUGUGGGGGAAAUGUUUAUGUUCUGUCGUUUGUAGUUGGAAGAACCUUUUGGUAUACAGAGAGGGAGAAAAGAUGAUGGAUGAUGUUAUGUAACAACGGUCAUCUGCUGAAUAAGUGUCGCUUUUCUUUCGUC